CCCAGAGGCCCACAACCUCCAUGUCAUUUCUCCAUGGGCUACUCGUGGUACCGCGACCUCAUCGGGUACCAGGGUUCCUUUUGAGUAGCAGAGCUACCUCCACCUUGACAUUUUCUGGUAGAAGGCGAGGCUUUGCCAGCCCAUCUUUAUAACCGGCCUGUCCGCCCGCUUGCUUCACACUUGGUCAUGACCUGGGAAGGCAGAAUCGUUUCUCUGGGCCUUGUCUUGUGAACGCCUAUCACACUAGGUUCUAGAAAACAUCGUCACACAUGUCUACAUAUAAUACUACUACCGCACCUUCAUCACCUUCGUCUGGCUUGUCUGCCCCUACUCGUACUCCCCAAGUACGCUCUUCAAGGCAAGGGACUAGAUUGCCAACUACACAAAGGUCACAGAUACCUGCCACUCACAUCAAUAUGGACGAGUCGACAUAUAUGUCUCCAAAGGCUGCUCAUAUACACAACGAAUUGCCUGGAGGGUCUCCUCCAUGCGAAGAGAAGCACUCGCCGACUCCGCCACCUACUUCUACAUACGGAUCUCAAGACAUGACUCGAUCAUACUCAUCGGUCCCUCCCUACAGCCCUUAUUCAGUAUCAGCGUAUGAAUCCUCGCUGCCAACUCCUGUAUCCGUUGCUGGGUCGCCUUCGGCGACAGAAAGGUCGGGCAAGAUGUUAUCUACCUAUAAUCAACAAGGGGGGGCAGCCCAGCAGCUCACCCCGCCAGCAACAUCUCGCCCUUGGUCAUACACAUCUGAUAUGACAAGCACCUCCUCGGCUCCUAUGACGGUGCCUACUACUGCAGCCGAGAUGCUAGACAUAGAUUCCUUGGAAUCAUCGCAUUCUCCAGAGCAUCAUACAACUGUUGUCGACUCAGCACCGCAUUUUCACUGGGGUACAUACGGCGUCUCUAGUCAUGAUUCGACUGAAGAGAUGUCCCCGCAACUACCUUAUUCAACUGUUCCGCCGUCGCUGUUGAUAAGAUCACCUUCUUACGGAGUUGCCCCAAGCACACACGUUCCACUCACGCCAGCACUUUCACAAGUUUCAAUGCCUCCACACCCUGUGGACACGCGAACUCUAAUGGCAAGCGACCUGCAUCAUCAGUACAGCAAUCUCAGCCAUAUAGCUCUAGAAUUUGGAGCAUCUUAUCCUUCGAGGAGGUCAAAAACUAGGACAAAUCGUUCUAAUCGAUCGGUAAAGAGAUGCCGUAAUAUCGACCCAAGUCUGAGUAAAAACAACGGCAUCGGUUAUAACAGUGAGAAUCCCAACGUCAUGACGGGAACCAAUGCCCCCGAGCUUCCGCCCCCACAACAACUCACUCUCGACCCCAAAGCUCCGGAGGACUCUCGAUUUCUUGUGGACCUACGCUGUCAAUUGAGUGAUGACAAGGGCAAGGGCAUGUGGGAGCAGAUCCAGCAAGCAUACAAGGAACACUAUGGCCACAAAACCAAAGAGAAUCUGCAGAUGCAGUUGAUUCGCACUGUUCAAUCAUAUGCUGAAUGGCCUGAAUCAGAAGACCAGGCUUUGAAAGAAGCUGCUGAAGAAUAUGAGCGACGUCGCUACCCUGAGAUAAGGAAGAUCAUGAAAGAGAAGGGUGGCCGCCGUGUGUGGGACUGGAAUGAUGGAAGCAUAGCGAAGCGGUUAGUCCAGAUGGGAGUCGACGAGAUCGACCAGCGAGACCCUAUUAAGAGAACUCGCCGAAAGCGGAAGAGCACUGUCCGUCAAAAGUCCGGUGGUGAGCCUUGGGUGGGAUGUGUGAAUAUCCAAUAUAAUCCCGAGCCACGCCAGUUGUCCGUGGAAGAGGAUGAGAUGCUCCUAGAGGCAUUCUGCAAGACAGAGCCAGAAUCUCCACGCCCGGAACAUGUGCCUGAGCAUCGAGCAACUUCUUGCACCGGCGGUGAUAAGGAUACCGACGAUGACCCCAGCGCACGCGUCGCAAAACAAGCGUGCGAUCAAAUGCUUUCCGAACGAGGCGAACGUUUCUAUAAUGGACAGAAUCGAUACAUGGCUUAAGAGGUGCAUCUACUACUUUAUUUGGCGACAGACAAAGAUACCCCUUGAUGUUACUGGCAGCAAUACCCGUGGGCAAAGACUUACCAAAACGGGUGCCUAUUUCACCUUAAAACCGCCGCACUACCCUUUUAGGAGAUUUAAGUUAUACAGAUUAGUUCACAUCAGGUGGCAAGCCUAAGCGUUGGCGUUUGGGGACAUUUCACUUAUUUUAUUUCGGACGUUUCAAAUAUUGGUAUGAGACUUAAGUUGGGUUAUGAUUAUUCCAUAGAUGAGGUGAUCAUCAAGAGAACAAAGAAAAACACUAUAAA